AUCAGAGCGAGCGGCUAGUAAAAACGCUAGCCACAUUUUCAACCAUUUACUGUCUUUCUAAAGCAUGAGCAUGGCAGAUGGAGAGGGUUUCGUGGUGCGAGUAAGAGGUUUGCCCUGGUCCUGCUCUACUGAUGAAGUUCAGAGAUUCUUUUCAGAUUGUAAGAUUGCAAACAAUGCCUCAAGCAUACACUUUACUUACACAAAAGAGGGAAGACCAAGUGGGGAGGCAUUUGUUGAAUUUGAAAGUGAAGAAGAUAUGAAGAUUGCAUUAAAGAAAGAUCGAGAAACAAUGGGACAUCGUUAUGUCGAAGUGUUCAAAUCCAACAAUGUGGAGAUGGACUGGGUACUAAAGCACACUGGCCCUAACUGCCCAGACUCAGCAGGGGACGGCCUAAUUAGACUUCGUGGUCUCCCGUUUGGCUGCAGCAAAGAGGAGAUUGUUCAGUUUUUCUCAGGGUUGGAAAUCGUGCCAAAUGGGAUAACAUUGCCGGUGGACUUCCAGGGGAGGAGUACGGGGGAGGCCUUCGUGCAGUUUGCUUCACAGGAUAUAGCUGAAAAGGCUCUAAAGAAACACAAGGAAAGAAUAGGGCACAGGUAUAUAGAAAUUUUCAAGAGUAGCCGUGCAGAGGUGCGCACACACUACGAGCCUCAGCGGAAAAUGAUGGGCAUGCAAAGGCCGGGGCCCUACGACCGUCCAGUAGGGCGAGGCUACAACAGCAUGAACCGUGGGGUCCAGUUUGAGCGUGUCCGCCGUGGCGGAUAUGGAGGAGAUAGUCGUUAUGGGGAUGGAGGUUCCUCUUUUCAGAGCACAACAGGCCACUGUGUGCAUAUGAGAGGUCUUCCCUACAGAGCCACAGAGACAGACAUUUACAAUUUCUUCUCUCCACUGAAUCCUGUACGUGUGCACGUGGAGAUCGGCCCUGACGGCAGAGUCACUGGUGAAGCAGAUGUAGAGUUCGCUACACAUGAAGAUGCUGUUGCUGCCAUGUCGAAGGACAAAGCCAACAUGCAGCAUCGUUAUGUUGAGCUGUUCUUAAAUUCCACAGCAGGGGGUGGAAGUGGUGGGUAUGGAGGGGGCCAGUCUUCUUAUGGGCACGGCGGUCAGGCAAUGAGCUCCGGCUAUGGUGGUGGCUACGGCAACCAGGGUGGCAUGGGAGGAUACAAUGAUUACAGUAAUCAGAGCGGAAUGGGAAGCAGUUACUAUGGCGGGGGGAGCCGCGGAUCAAUGGGCGUGAAUGGUCUAAACAGCAGCAUGGGUGGAGGCUGGGGAAUGUAGCUUCAACAUCACUGAUCGUUAUGAACUCCUGUUCUUGUUUUGGUUACAUCCUUUACUUUAGAACUGUACGAGACGUUCUUCUUUUUAUUAUUUUAUAUUUUCAUCAGACUUGUAUUAUUGUUACAUUUUAUGUGUUGUUUUGUAAUAUAAGUGAAGAAAAUCUCUAGACAUGUAACUACAGCAGUGGAUUUCUUUCUAUACACAGAGGUGACAGUUUUCAUCUUCCCAGUUAGGGGAGGAGGGUUCUAUUUCCAAUGUAAAUCUGCAAAUGUGUCCUGCUGUGAAGCAUGUAAGCAGGAGUACAGAGAGAGUAUAGCUGUACCUGUAGCUGCAUGUAGUUAUUGUGUUUAAUAUAACUUACUUUUCCUCUUCUGUAUUUACUUUGUGUUUCUUUAAGUGGUGUAGGACAUGGAUUCCUGUCUGAAGUUACGCUUGUGCACAGAAUGGCAGUGUUUAAUAAAAUCUCUGUAACUCUU